GGCAAAGAGAGGGAGGGGUGCACUGGGAAAAAAAGGAGGGAGAGUAAGAGAGAGCUAGGGAGACAUAUGUGGACUACUAGAGCGCCUCUGGUGAAAGACUGAGCAUUCGUUUGUGUUUCUUGGUUGAUUGCACCUGCUAGCACGCGAGAGUGAGAGCAGCCUUUUGCAACUGAUGGCUUCUUGUUUUGUGCCUUUGGAGUUCAACUGAGUUGUGGCCGCAGGACUGAAACACAAUGGAGAACAACACCACCGUCUUUCGGGAGGUCACUGGAGUAAAUCUGACAGAAAUACCUCUGAACACUCUUGAAGUGCAGGCCAUUACAAUAUUUUUGACAAUGCUCAUCUGUGUAGUAGGGAUUGCUGGGAACAUCAUGGUGGUGCUGGUUGUGCUGCGCACCAAACACAUGGUGACUCCGACUAACUGCUACCUCGUCAGUCUGGCAGUCGCGGACCUCAUAGUGCUCCUGGCUGCAGGGCUGCCUAACAUCUCUGAUGUUGUGGCCUUCUGGAUUUAUGGAUACACAGGAUGCUUGUGUAUCACUUAUCUUCAGUACCUGGGCAUCAACGUGUCGUCCUGCUCCAUCACGGCCUUCACCAUCGAACGAUACAUCGCGAUUUGUCACUCCAUAAAGGCUCAAUUCAUAUGCACCGUGUCCCGGGCCAAGAGGAUCAUAGCUGCCGUCUGGGUCUUCACCUCGGUCUACUGCAUCAUGUGGUUCUUCUUAGUGGACACGGAAGAAACCGUCUACACCAACGGCGUGGUGGUCACUUGUGGUUACCGUGUCUCCAGGAGCUUGUACAUGCCGAUCUAUUUCUUGGACUUCACUUUGUUCUAUGUGAUCCCCCUUGUUGUUGCCAUGGUGCUGUACGGGCUCAUCGCCAGGAUUCUGUUCAUGAGCCCCCUGCCCUCGCAUUUGAACGACAGAGCCGGAGGAAGCUCGGUUCACCAGGGUCACUUCAACACCACUAACAAGGCCAACAAGGGUGCGGUCUCUGCAAGGAAACAGAUAACAAAGAUGCUGGCUGUGGUGGUCGUCCUCUUCGCCUUGCUUUGGAUGCCUUACCGAACUCUGGUGGUGGUCAACUCCUUUAUCGACCCGCCUUACCAAAACACCUGGUUCCUGCUCUUCUGUCGCAUGUGCAUCUACAUCAACAGCGCCGUCAACCCCAUCAUUUACAACCUCAUGUCUCAGAAGUUUCGCGUCGCAUUCAAGAAGCUCUGCAAGUGCAACCGGCGACACAAGGAGAAGGCGGCGGAGUUCAACGUGCCAAUGUAUUACAGCGUGAUAAAGGAUUCUUCACAUGAGAGCAAUGAGCUGGUCACGGAGCUGGAGGAAGUGAUUCAAACCAACAGGAGGCUCAACCAAACGGAAGACGACGCAAGCACUCUCAGCAUUUCUUAAUAAUUACUUUGAUGAUUUUGUUGGCUCAAUCAUGAUGAGGGCAUUAUUUGUGUUUUAAGAUUGCUGUCAGUUCCACCUGUUUAUCUACUGACGCUGAGAUCUGUAGAAAUUUUUACUUUUUGCAGUGACACAGGUUGAGUUUGUGGUGUAGUAAGCUAGUUGUGGUACUUUUGCAUCAGUAUUGUAUAUUGCAUCUGUGUUGUAAACACAGUAUGUGAUAGCAGGAUUUUGUGUAUUUUACACUACUUAGUGGGACAAAAUGUGCUUUGCCAUUGCUAUAGCACAUAAAUGACUCACUAUUUUAAUGCACAUAAAAAUAGAAUGACCAGGAAAUAUGGAGAUUGUAUGUGAUGAGUUAGACAUUUUUGUACAUAUUUUGAAAUCCAGACUUUCUGUUAACUAGCUUUGACUAGUACCAGUACUUGUUACGUAUGUGCAACACUCACCUAUAAAAUUAUUAGCAUAAUGUUUCACUUGAUAACCAUUGCACUUGUCCUUUUCAUUGUGACACUCUCUGGCUGGAGUGUACUCAGAUAGCUUUGGCAGCACUUAUGAACACAGUCCAGAUUUUUCCUUCUUUUUUUUUUUAAACCCUACUUAUUAACAGUACAGACAACAACGACGAGAGAGAGAAAGAACUGUGCUGUAUGUUUCUGUAUUUGGCCCUGAAUGCAUCACAUCCAACCUGUACCUACCCAACUAUCUUGAUAUUUAAUCCAAAAUGUUACUGAACGUCAUCUGCAGACGUCCACCUAGCAAGCUGUUAUCAGCACUUUGGUGGAAAAACCUCGUUAACUAUUGUAUAGAUUUUCAUGACAUCUUGGACUAAUAUUCUUUGUUCCCAGAUGAUGACAGGCUUUGGUGAUCUGAUUUUUUCUCCACAACCACCAUGAGGUCGACAUUUGUGGUUUGGACUAAUGUUGUAUUGAUAACUGUAUUGGCUGGUAUUAACAUUAGUUCAGACAUUCAUGUUUCUCUCAGGAUGAAUUAGUAAAUGUAAGGAUGGUAACAUGCUAAACUUAUAUGUUGAACAUGGUAAACUUUAUAUCUGCUAAACAUCAGCAUUGUGAACAUAGUAAGCAUUUUUGUAAAGCUUUGCUUAGUCUUAUUUAUUCAUUAAUUAAUUCAUAAGCAUCAUGUUGUACCAAACUGAAGCAUUAGGUAAAGG